UUUGUACAAGUGUGCUUGCUGAAGUUCAAACAAUUCGUUUAUCCGCAAUUUCACUCCGCGAUUCUACAACAAAGACACAAACAUUAAUUACUAAAAAUAAACUCAUUCGACAGCCAGAAAGUCAUUCUAAUCUAUAAAAUCACAACCUUCAGCAAGUACCCAUUUAAAAUAAUUGCAAAUAAUAGAAAAACAAAAACAAACUAACCCUUUUUUAAUUCUAUAAUUCAAAAAAGAAAAAUCGAAUCGAAACUAAUUUUCCGUUCCGUGUUGCGUCGCACUCCCCUCGGCAAGAACCACAACCAACCAUAAACCAGAACGAGAAGAGAACCACUUAAACUUAACCAAGGAAAAAUCAAUCGAAACCGAAAAAAGAAAAACUACCACGAUCGCCCGUUGCCGUUGUCGUCGCCCAUUUUCCACCAAAACUCGUCAAAAGCAAGACCGAUAUACAGAAGCAGAACGGAGAAAAAAGAAUCCAAAAACCAACUCAACUCAGUUUCAGUGCGUUGCGUGUGUGAACCUGAACGUGAAGUCGAUGUGGGAAUAAUUUCCAUAAAAAUAAAAAUUUUAAUCAAAACAUAAAUUUAAUCGUAUUAAUUAUAAAUUAACUGUCUUUUGCUUUUUUUCUACUCUAUUUCUACUUUGUGUGUUCAUUUUUUAAAUUAAAAUUCUUGAGUUUUCCAUUUUGCAUUCAACUAAAUAAAAAAAGUAUUUCAAUAUUUGCAACUUUUGUGCGAGACGAGAAAAAAAAAUAAAAAUCGAAAAGGGAAGUUUAUUUUAUUAAUUCCCCCCAUUUUUAUGACAAAAGAGUGAGACAGCAGGAAAAAGUGUGUUGAGUUGAGAUUUAGAUUUCACAUCCUUGGAUCUGUCGUUGUCGCUGUCGUUUUCAUCGUUUUCGUUCGUUCGUUGGGUCGGACGUCGGAGAGAUUUGGAAGCAAAAAGAAAACGCAUUUUCGUGUGUGUUUUACGGGAAAUAUUUUUUCGCUCGUGCCGGUUAAAUAAAAUCAGUCAAAAUUGAAUCGACAAAGAUCGACGAGACUUUUUCUUCUACCACCAUGGAAGAUAAAGCGACCACAAAAGACCUGGAUCAAUGGAUUGAGCAGCUGAACGAAUGUAAUCAGUUGACAGAGACACAAGUGAAAACUUUGUGUGAUAAGGCAAAGGAAAUUCUGUCGAAAGAAUCAAAUGUCCAAGAGGUCAAAUGUCCAGUCACAGUUUGCGGUGAUGUGCAUGGACAAUUCCAUGAUCUUAUGGAACUCUUUCGGAUAGGUGGUAAAUCGCCCGAUACAAAUUAUUUAUUUAUGGGCGAUUAUGUCGAUCGUGGUUAUUAUUCGGUUGAGACAGUUACGCUUUUGGUUGCCCUAAAGGUGCGCUAUCGUGAGAGAAUCACAAUUUUGCGCGGUAACCAUGAAUCGAGACAAAUUACCCAAGUCUAUGGAUUUUAUGAUGAAUGUCUGCGUAAAUAUGGCAAUGCAAAUGUUUGGAAAUAUUUUACCGAUUUAUUCGAUUACCUACCCCUGACCGCAUUGGUUGAUGGACAAAUUUUCUGCUUGCAUGGUGGUUUGAGUCCAUCAAUUGAUAGUUUGGAUCAUAUCCGCGCACUAGAUCGCCUGCAAGAGGUACCACAUGAAGGUCCAAUGUGUGAUCUACUUUGGUCUGAUCCAGAUGAUAGGGGUGGCUGGGGUAUUUCACCACGUGGUGCUGGAUACACAUUUGGCCAAGAUAUUUCGGAAACGUUUAACAACACAAAUGGUCUUACAUUGGUCUCACGUGCCCAUCAAUUGGUGAUGGAGGGCUAUAAUUGGUGUCACGAUCGUAAUGUUGUCACAAUCUUCUCAGCGCCAAAUUAUUGUUACCGUUGCGGUAAUCAAGCGGCUCUAAUGGAAUUAGACGAUUCACUUAAAUUUUCAUUCCUACAAUUCGACCCAGCACCAAGACGUGGAGAGCCGCAUGUUACACGAAGAACUCCCGACUAUUUCCUUUAAGAGAACUAAAUAAAAUAAUAAAUUUAAACAAAACAAAAAAAAGAAGAAACAACAGCAACAAGAAAACAAAAAUAAAAAUCAACAGAACAACAACAAGAAGAAUACAGUUAUUAUUAUUAUUAAUUAUAAAACCUAAUAGUAAAUAGUUAUAUAAUAAUAAUAAUAUUAAAAUAAUUAAAAAAAAAAACAUCAACAAUUAUUACAAGAAAAACAAAAACUGAAUUAAAUGAUUUAAACAAAAAAUAAAUAAAAGUAAAAACUUUGAAUCAACAAUUUAUUAUUAUAAACAAUGAUAACAGAAACAUAAAACCGAAACAACCAGAAAUACUUUAUUGCUAUUCAAAAAUAAAAGAUACAAAAAUUUAAAAAAAAAAUCACAAAACUAAACAAAAAAACAACAAAUAUUGGAACGUUUUUUUUCUUACUUAACCUUAA